UAGUUCUCCAAGAGUUCUGUUGUCCAUCAAAAUAUUUCAAGAAAUGGCUAAAUCAAUCAGCGCUGCUACCUUGCUGGGCCUUGUCCUGUGCUGUGCCUUGCUAAGCACGGUCUAUGCCGGCAACGAUUAUCUGUGGGGCGAGAUCGGUGACAACGAUUACAAGUUGGCAAAGGAUACCGUCUCCAAGGCCUUCUUCGUUGGCUUGGUGCAGACCAAGAAAUACGUCUUCAAGCAAAGCAAUGACCUGAAUGCUUUGACAAUUACGGCUAUUAAGGUUACCGACAAGAAGUCGAGCAAUGGAGCUACUGCUGUGCUGGUUGCUGGCGGUCCAGGCUCUAAGGGCGCCACCAUUCAAUUCACCUCGCAGCGCGGCUACGGCAUCAAGGAUGUUGUUGAAAUCUGGGGACGAUAAAGAAAAUGCGAAGAUUCCAAUGUGUCUAGCAUGCCUAAAAGUAUACCAUAAAGCAGAAUAAAAUGAUCUUUGCCAGAGAUUAAAA